AGAAUUUGAGAAAGCAUUCUAAAAAUAGAUGUAAUUGUUAGGGCCCAUUGUCAAAAGAAAAUUUCCAUUUCCUAUGGUUAUCUCCUUUCCUCUCCUCACCCCCAGAUGGAUUACUUAUGAAUAUGGAAAUUACAGAGGUCGGCAGUUCCUAUUGUCACCAGCAGAAGUACCUAGUUGGUAUGAAUUCAGUGGCUGCCGCCAAAUAGGUUCUCUACGACCCUUUGUUCAGAAACGAAUUUGUUUCAGACUUCGAAACAAAGCAACAGGGUUAUUCAUGUCAACCAAUGGCAACUUAGAGGAUUUGAAGCUUCUUAGAAUACAGGUCAUGGAAGAUGUUGGUGCUGAUGAUCAGAUUUGGAUUUAUCAAGAAGGAUGCAUCAAAUGCAGGAUAGCAGAGGACUGCUGCCUGACAAUCGUGGGCAGCCUGGUAACAUCUGGCUCAAAGCUGGGUCUGGCACUCGACCAGAGUGUUGACAGUCAGCUCUGGUGCAUGAAGCCAGAUGGCAGGAUCCACAGCAAACUGAAGCCCAAUUUAGUUUUAGAUAUCAAAGGGGGUGCGCAGUAUGAUCAGAAUCACAUUAUCCUCAACACAGCCAGCAAAGAGAAGUUAACACAAGUGUGGGAAGCCAUGGUCCUAUGAGCCAGAACAACGGAUACAGUGGGAACCUUUCUGGAGGUCUUUCCAGCUGCCUUAUUUAAGAAACACAAAGGACAAUACUGAUGGAGGAGCCAAGUGGAAAGUGGAUGGACUUCUUCUUCCAUCUUGAAUGACACUGCCGUGGCUGGGAGAAUCAUCUCAUCUUUUCAAAAGACUGCAAUAAUUUUAAACCAAUACUUUGUCCUCCUUUCAUUUUUUGCCUUUCAUUUUCUCUCAGUAGCUACUUAAACAAGUUGCAUCACUAGCAGCUUUGGGGGUGUUUAAAGAUGCGAUAGGAAGACUUCAAGAUUAUGAAUGUUUAAAAUUAUUUCCAAAGAUUGUAAUGGAGAGAACAGGAUCAAGUUUACUUUGUGGACUUAAAAAUCCCUUCUACUUUAAAGGGAAGGAUAAAAGCCUAAGUUUGUAAGGUAGAAGACUAUUGAGCAUCUGAAAAACAUGCUUUAUUAGGCCUGUACCUUUGGUCCUCGGCCUUAAUGUUUUCUGGAACCAUUAAUUAUGCUUGAUAAUAAAGUGUGAAAGCCUUAUAUGUUCAGAGACAUUAUAAGUAUAAACAAAUACUAUUUUCUUUCAGUUAAUAUUUAAAAAUUAGUAAACUGAUUAACUUCAUGUCCAUGUCUGCUAACAUUUAUUAGCAGAAUUUGGAUUAUUCUAGGGGCUGCUCUAGAUAUCACAAGUGAAUGUUUAAUGCCUUUCCGAUAGCUGCUACUGGAACAGUAUUAUCAUGGCCUAAUUUAUUAGCCUCUCCUUACUUGUCUGCAAGUACUGAAGCCAUGUUCUAUAGAUUUUUGCUAACCUAACUUCCAGGCACUACUGAGUGGGACAGGCUCAGGUCUGAAGGUACUGGGGGUACUGCAGCCCUGAUAUCACUUCCUUCUAGUAGCAGAGAGGUGUGCAAAGCUGCAGGGGAUGAUCAGCGCUCAUGUCCAGAAAGUAAAAGAGAAGAGACCCUGAAGGCUGGUGUUGGCCAUAGGUUACAGCUCUGAGCACCUGUGAAUGCCGUAAGCAAUUCAGAAAUGCAAAGGAAAUGUUUCCCUUGCAGCUCUGUUGGUUCUAGUUUUGAACUAAACUGCUGAAUGUUUCCUUGAAUACAACCUUCCUUUUAUUUUUUUUUUUUCCUGUCUUUGUUCCUGAAUACCGGUGCUCUUGUUAUAAGUAGAACAAAUCUUUCCAUUUCAUUAGUUCAGGUGUUUCCAAUUCUGAAAUGUGAUCCUCCCUGAAGUCUGUAGGCAACUGUGGUCAUUAGAAUAAUUUACCUUCAGUUUUAAAAUAAUGUUUGCACAUGUACAACAGCUCCAACAUGUCUGUCUCAUUCUUAGAUGUAGAGCUCUGAUUGUAAGCAUUUUGUGUAUAUCAUUACAGAAUGAUGGGUAAGAUAUUCUAUAAUAACCUGUGCUGAAUUUAUCUCUUGAAUAAACUUGUUUCUGGUUAACUAUA